AUCCGGAAUGAAAGCAUGCUGAGAAAUGAAAAGCAGUUCAAAUUAGAAGUGAAUUGUUACAGGAAUUUGAUAUUAAGAGAAUACAGUGCUAGAUUUAACCGUAGAUAUAGUUUACACGCUUUGAAAUCAUUAUGUUUACAAGCACAUUAUAGAUACAAGAAAGUCUGGGAGAAAACAAGCUCCAAAAAUAUCACAAGUGAACAUGGGAGAAUAUAUUUUGAUAACUACACAAAUGUUUAUGGAGGUUAUGGUAAAGGAAACAAACCAAAACACCUUUAUUCUUUGACAUCCCACAGAAUAGAGAAUGCCAUGACAUGUACAGCUAGAACGGAAGAAAUUGGAUUAAUCCAUAAUGGAGAUAAAGACUGUCUGAUUUGUGUUACCAAAGAUAACAAAGAGCUUAUAAGGGUACACUUGACCUCAGGGAAAAUCCUACAACAGAUAUAUCUAUCUCCAGUUUAUAAAUUUAGAGACAUCUCAUGGAAUGAAUCCCAAUCAUCUAUAGUUGUCAGAUCUACAAAGUCACAUGGCAGUCAUAGGCAGACAGACAUAGUGAAAGUGUUGGCAGUAUUUGAUGUUAAGCCUCUUCAGUUUGUUGGAAUGAUGGAAAUUAAGAAGCAGGAGUUUGGUACUAAUAUAGUAGAUGCAGGACUUUGUCAGGGAGUACUGAUAACCAUGCAUCAACAAUCUGUUGUCAAAAUGUACAGCUUCCAACAUAUUUUGGAUAUGUACAGAACUAGUACAUACAAGUUGGAUGAUGUCAUCGAUGAUGAAGGUCACAGAUUAGGACAUAGACCUAUAGGGUUAAAGUUCAACAUUAAAAUAGAAGAAUCUCCUCCUGUUCUGUUUACAGUUUCUUGUUAUGAUCAUAUAGUAGAAUUCAGCAACAAACCAUUCCAUUACUUGUACUCACCUGUUAAAACACCUGAGUACUUUGAAGUCCAUUCCUUAGAAAAUAGAUCACUGAUAAAAAAUGGAACAUUAAAGACAGGGAUAUUAGACUAUGCAAAUGAUCGUUAUAGAGCCACAUUCUGGGAUGAUGAUUCAGGAAGAGUUUUACACAUAGCUACCUCAGUUGUCAGUUUUUAUGACCUAAUCACUGUGCCUAUACAGGAUAAUGGGGAAAGAAUACUCAAGAAAAGUUUUGAAAUGAACUUGUCAAAGGAAAACUCAAAGGAAGACAUUCCCUAUACAUCAUCAGGGAGGAGAGUUAGUAAGCCAAAGCGUCAAGAUAGUGUUAAUACAGAUCAAAAUAUGACAAUAUACAAUGUUGAUUAUGAGGAUGAGCUUGACAUAAUAAGUGUGACAGCAGUAUACCAUGACACUGAUGAACCAAGAGGAGUCAUUUGUUUCUAUGACAACAAAACUGGAACUCUUCUUAAAGAAAUAGAUAUUGAAGAGCCAUGUUCUGAGAUUCAUGAACAUAGGACUAUGAUUGAUCUGGACACAAUAGUACAGAUAAACAAAUUAUGGUCUGGAAACUUCCACUGUAACGUGUACAGAUUGACUAAUGAUGAAUCAGACAAACAGGAAGUGAAAAACAAACCAGGAAGGAAAAUAUCUAGAACAUAUCAUAGAACUAGAAAUAGAUGAACAUACAAACCAGAAAGUUGUGAUAUUUUUAUGCCCUUGACAUGAGGUGAUUGUUGUCUGUCUAUUGCUGUGGUAGAGUUGUCUCUGUAAAUCAACAUCAGUCUAUAUUUCCCCAAAGUCUGAAUACAAGUUCUACUGUUUCCAUAUCUCAAAAUCUAUGGAUAUUUCUCAUCUAUCGUUUCUUAAUUCAUUUCUUUUUAUACCCUGCUCCAAAGAAGGGGGAUAUACUGUUUUACCCCUUUCUGUCAGUCUGUCUGUCCAAUGAAAACUCAGUUGGAAUGUGAUGCAUUUUUAUAUCUAUUGCUUGUCAGCUUGCUGUUAACAAAGCAGGGUUAUCAAUAAUGAACAGAAGAUCAAAGUUCAACUUGAUUUGAACUCCCCAUCAUCUUUAUUAUUACAAGAAUUUCUAGUUUAUAUAGAAAUAAGGAGAGGUGGUAUGAUUGCCAAUGAGACAACUAUCCACCAUAGUUAUAGAUAAUUGUAUGGCUUUCAACAAUGAGAAAAAACCCAUACCGUAUAGUCAGCUAUAAAAGGCCCAAACAUGAAAAAUGUGAAACAAUUCACUUGAGAAAACUAACGGCCUAUUUUAUAACAAAACAAUUUACGAAAAACAAAUAUGACGGACAUGAACCAUCGACAACCACUUAACUACAGGCUUCUGACUUGGGACAGGCACAUAAAGAAUGUGGCUGGGUUUAACAUGUUUGUAAGCACUACAUCCUCCCCUAACUUGGGGACAGUAGUGUUACAGCACAACAUAAGAACAAACUGUAAAAAUCAGUUGCAAUUGGCUCAACUCAAAAGAUCUGUACGAGGCACGAAAAUAAUCAACAUAAAAACAAUAGACACAAAGCACCGAAACAAGAAUCCUCGCAGUUUCUGAAAGAUAGUUUAAAACUAACUACUACUAAUAAAUAAAUCAUGUUCUCCUUAACUAAAGUAUCAAUCAUUACACAUCCAAAGGAUUUAGUGUAAAGAUGUCAAACAGUCUGAGAAACACAUGAUCUAGUGCAAUGCCAAAAUAUAAGUAAAAGGUAUUGACAGGAUGUAGGAUCAUAUAUAGCAAUAUAGAGUGAUUAUUUAAUUUUUCAAAAACAAAAUCAUUGUUAAUACCAAUAAAUAUAAUAUUUGAAUAUUUCA